UAUUUUCUCUCCACUCGUUUUAAAAAUUCAAUCUUUAUAUCAAAUUUUAAAUUCUCUCGCAUAAUCGUGUCGGAGAUUUGCUUCGAUGGAGUGGAUUCGAGGAGAAACGAUCGGAUUCGGAACGUUUUCUACAGUCAGUCUUGCGUCGCCGUCUAAUAACGAUUCCGGCGAGUUUCCUCCGUUAAUGGCCGUGAAAUCUGCAGACUCGUACGGCGCUGCUUCUCUGGUGAACGAGAAAUCAGUUCUUGAUAAACUCGGUGACAAAUGCGACGAGAUCGUUCGGUGUUUCGGCGAUGAUCGGACGGUGGAAAACGGAGAAGAGAUGCAUAACUUGUUCUUGGAGUACGCUUCUAGAGGAAGCUUAGAGAGCUAUAUCAAGAGCUUAGGCGGCGAAGGUCUACCGGAGUCCACCGUACGCCUUCAUACAGGAUCGGUGCUUCGAGGUCUACGACACAUCCACGCUAACGGAGUCGCUCACUGCGAUUUAAAACUCGGGAAUAUUCUAUUGUUCGGUGACGGAGCCGUUAAGAUUGCUGAUUUCGGAUUGGCGAAGAGAAUUGGUGAAGUGACGGCGUUAGACGAAGGAGUUCAGAUCAGAGGCACGCCGUUGUAUAUGGCGCCGGAAGCCGUUAACGAUAACGAAUAUGGAUCAGAAGGUGACGUGUGGGCUUUGGGAUGUGCUGUAGUUGAGAUGUUUAGUGGCAAAACGGCGUGGAGUUUUAAAGAAGGAUCGAACUUCAUGUCGUUGUUGAUACGCAUCGGUGUUGGCGAAGAGCUUCCCAUGAUUCCCGAGAAGUUGUCGGAACAAGGAAGAGAUUUUUUGUCAAAGUGUUUCGUUAAAGAUCCAAAGAAGAGAUGGACGGCUGAGAUGCUUCUACACCAUCCAUUCGUAGCCGUCGAUCUUGAUCACGACGGUUUAGUAGAAGAAGGCCUCGUUCUUAACCUGAAAACAGAGGAAGUCUCGACAUCGCCGAGAUGCCCAUUCGAAUUUCCCGAUUGGGUUUCGGUUUCUUCCGGUUCACAAACGAUCGAUUCGGCGGAGGAUAGAGUUGCGAGUUUGGCGACUGAUUCGAUCCCUGAUUGGUCUGUCACCAAUAGUUGGAUCACCGUACGGUGAGGAUAGCGAUUUAAAAAACAGGGGACAAGAACAGAGUUGCAGAGAAAGGCUAGGUUUUUUUUUUUUUUUUUUAUAAAUUCCUAGUCAGAUCCAACAAUUCUAAUUUAAUUCGUUAAUAUUUGUUAUUAGAAAUCCAAAAUUUAAUCACUAUGUAAAAACCAAUUUUGUAUUCA